AUGGCAUCGACGGGUAGCCCUGGGUCGGGCAGUGGUAGUGGCAGCGCAGGUUCACUAUCUCCUUCGUCAUCAAUGCACAACUUUAACAUGCUCUACGAUGUCAACUUUCAAGGCGUGAACGACAUGUUUGGCGCAACUCAUCGUGGCAGCAGUGGCGGCACGAUAGGCUUCUUGGCCGCCGACAACACACCCAACUACGACGUGGAGCUCAUCGUUCAGACAACCAAGCAAGAGGAUGCUCGCUUCAUGGGCAAGAAGAAGCGGCGCUGCUCAUCAGUGUCCAAGGUGUUCCUGGGCGACUUCCUCUCGUUGUCCAAGAACAUCACCAUACUCAAGAUGAUCUCACGCUAUGGAGACAAUCAAAUACUAUUCUCUGAUGUGUUGAUCAAAGUGAACAAGCGAAAUAAGAUGCAAGAGAGGAUAAUCAUCAUCACAGACAAAGCACUUUACAACGUCCAACCCGACGACUACAAACUCAAGCGUCGCAUUUCAAUCUCAAGCUUCUCAGCGCUGUCAAUGAGCACUUUAGAGGAUAACUUUAUCGUCAUUCAUGUACACUCUGAGUAUGAUUACGUCCUGAUUAGCGGCAGGAAGAUAGAGAUCGCUACGGUGUUGGUCGAGGCAUUCUAUAAGCAAUCGAUACUGCAACAACAAUUCCCUCCUCAUUUGUUCCAGGUAGCACCGCCACGCGAGUUGGCAGGUAGCGCUAUGAACUCAAACAGUACAACGUCGUCAUCAUCAUCAGCUGCAGCCACUGGUGGUGGCAAUAUCAACAACACUGGCGGUAGUGUAGGCGGCACACCAAUCAACGCGUCGACACCAAUCGGCGGGCUAUCACCCAAUCUCCAAUCAUCUUUGGCGGCACCAACAUCUAUCCCUCAGCAGACCACAUCUCUGCUGACCUCAUCGUCCACAGCAACAUCAUUGGCUUCAUCAGGCAUUAUCAACGGCAAUAGCAACAACAACAACAAUGCUGCAUUGAUUCCUUCGCCAUUGGGUAUGACUGUGACAUCAUCUACAUCAUCAUCAACCAAACCAACUACUUUGCAACAACAGCCCGUAAACAACAACAACGUACAGCAACAACAGCAACACCCACACAGUGUCCAUGACCACAUGUUGCCAGUCAUCUUCACCGAGCGCAUUGAAUACAAGAUUGAAGGUGACUCAAUGCGUGAAAUACUAUUCACGCGAGUUCAAGGUGCUGUCAAUGUCCAGAUCCAGACAGCGCGCAGUGGAAAUCGUGCAGCUAUGCAGAAGAAAGAGGCAUCCAGGAACUCUGUGCGCUAA